AUGGUAACCAGCUUUCGGGGGCAAAUUCCUGAUGAGAUAGGUAAUCUCCACGCUAUGCUUGACUUAGAGUUGAGUACAAACCAGCUCACUGGUCCAAUUCCUUCUUCUCUGGGUAACUUGACCAACCUGGGAUCUUUGUUCCUCCGCCAAAAUCACCUUUCUAGUUCAAUUCCUGAAUCCUUAGGUGAUCUAGUGAACUUGACGGUGCUGCAAUUGGAUACCAACCAAUUAAACGGCUCCUUACCAGAAAACUUAUGCCGAGGUGGGUUGCUCCAAAACCUUACAGUGAGUCACAAUAACUUAACUGGUUCUAUCCCUAAAAGCUUGAGAAAUUGCACAAGCCUAGUCAGAGUACGCCUAGAGGAAAACCAGCUCACUGGAAACAUAUCAAAGACCUUUGGUGUCUACCCCAAAUUGGACUUUAUCGACAUGAGUUUCAACAAGUUCUUUGGAGAAAUCUCAACAAACUGGGGAAGUUGCACACGCUUAACUAAUCUAAGAAUUGCUGGAAAUAACAUCACUGGUAGCUUGCCUCCUGAGAUUGGGAAUGCGACUCGAUUUGGUGAAAUUGAUCUUUCUUUCAAUGGUUUACUUGGUGAGGUCCCAAAAGAAUUUGGAAAAUUGACUUCUUUGGUGAAUUUAAAUCUAAGCAAAAACCGACUUUCUGGCCAAAUAAGUCCCGAGAUUGUAUCAUUACCUGGUCUUCAAAAAUUGGAUUUGUCCAACAAUAGAUUAAGCAUGUCUAUCCCGCAGGCUAUAGGGUUUUCUUCAAACUUGGUCUUCUUGAAUCUAAGUAACAACCAGUUGAGCCAAGAUAUUCCGAGGCAAUUAGGGAUGUUGAUUCACCUAUCCGAGCUAGACUUGAGUCAUAACUUGUUAAGUGGUGGGAUCCCAGUUGAAUUCAACAAGCUUCAAAGCUUAGUGAAACUUGACCUUUCACACAAUAAUCUUUCUGGCCUCAUAUACGAGACUUUCAAGGAUAUGCGAGGUUUGAUGGAGGUGGACAUCUCUUAUAACAAGUUUGAGGGUCCCAUCCCCAACACCACGUCAUUCCAAAAUGCAACAAAAGAAGCGUUUCAAGGCAAUAAUGGAUUGUGUGGAAAUGUUGAAGGACUUGAGCCCUGUGACCAAGCAUUGGUGGAUAGGGAAAGCUCUCCGGUGGGAGGUAGAGUGUUUCUUAUUGUGUUCCCUCUGCUAGGAGCGGUUCUUUUGUUUAUUUUCUUUGGAAUAUUCUUCAUUUUCCGUAGAAAAAAGCUCCAUCCAAGAGUGGAACUAGCACCCAAGACAAUUGAAGUCUUUUCUCUAUCAAAGUACGAUGGAAUGAUUUCAUAUAAAGACAUCAUGGAAGCCACCGGGGCUUUUAAUGAGAUUUUCUAUAUUGGAAGGGGAGGCUAUGGAAGUGUCUUCAAGGCCAAAUUAAGAUCUGGUGAUAUAGUAGCUGUAAAGAAGCUCCAUCAAACGGCUGAUAGUGGGCAAACAGAUCAAAAGGAAUUUUUGAAUGAGAUUAGGGCAUUGACGGAAAUUCAACACUGCAAUAUUGUGAAACUUAGGAAGCUUGUCUACAAUCUUGAGCAAUGA